CACGCCUGCGCCGCUUGAGUUUUCUUUGCGAGCCCCGCUGCUGUGUUCAAGAAUAACCUGUAAAUAAUAAUAAAAACAUGCCUAAGUCUUUUAAAAAAUCGUGCACAUCUCAGACCUCAAUAAGUAAAUAUUUCACGUCCGGCGGAGGCAACAAUCAGACUCGGGAGGUAACUCCAUGCAAGCAGAAACGUUCACCGCCUCACGAUUUCGAACCGCUAGCAAAGCGAGCCAAACUAUCCCCCUGCAAAGACCUGUCAGGAACGUCAUGUCAGAUCACAGCAGAGAAGAUGCCACCUUUGAGUCGAAAACCUGUCAGCAUUUGUACUGCAACCUUAGAGAGGCUGAAAGGCUUCACCUGCAUGUCUGAGCCCACUGCCAAAACAGCUGGGACCAGCAGUACACAGGUGGGUGAAGUUAGCUGUGGUGAUGGGGACUGCACCGAAAAAAACAAACUCCAAGAGUCGCUGCAAGAACAACAGGGACCAGACAUAAACCUGGCUGAGAAACUGGAACAGGGAUUCUGCUUCUCUCAGUUUGUCAAACAAGGAAGUGACUCCAAAGAAGACGGGAGCUUGACAGAUCUCAGCAGUCCCCCUGAUAGCAAGACUCCAUCCAGACGCACCAAAAGUGCUUUCACUCCUCUGGAGCAGCAGAUCAUCCAGCUGAAACAGAAACAUCCCGACGCACUACUGGCUGUGGAAUGUGGAUACAAGUACAGGUUCUUUGGGGAAGACGCACAGACUGCAGCCAAGGAGCUGAAUAUCUACUGUCACCUGGAUCACAACUUCAUGACCUGCAGCAUUCCCACCCAUCGUCUCUUUGUGCACGUCAGACGAUUAGUAGCCAACGGUCACAAAGUGGGUGUGGUCAAGCAGACAGAAACAUCGGCCAUAAAAGCAUCAGGGGCCAACAAGAACACUCUGUUCUCUCGCGAGCUGACGGCUCUGUACACUAAGUCCACGCUGGUUGGUGAGGAUGUAAACCCAGUCUGCCGCCAGCUGGAUGUGGAGGAAGUCUGCGUUGAUGUGGCAUCAGAAUCUGCAGACAGCUUUCUGCUCUGUAUCAGUGAGAACCAGGACAGGAGGAACAAGCAGCUUACAGUUGGACUGGUGGCAGUUCAGCCCAACACCGGCGACGUGCUGCUUGACUGUUUUUCCGAUUCGCCGUCACGAUCCGAGCUGGAGAGUCGCAUCUUAAAGAUCAACCCUGUGGAGAUCCUGGUUCCCUCUGACCUCUCGGAGCAAACCCUCAGACUCCUGCAGAGCAUCUCCAACACCAGUGCUCAAGCUGACGACAGAGUGCGAGUAGAGCAAAGGGACAAGACUGAGUUUGAGUUCUCUUCUGCAAUGAACACUGUCACAGAGUUCUUUUGCCACAGCCAAGAAAAAGGAUCUCGCUGUCUAUCAAGUGUAGCCUCCAUGGAGACAACAGUGAUCUGCUGCCUGGGUCCGCUCAUCCGGUAUCUUAAAGAAUUCAAGCUGGAGAGAGUACUCAGGAAUGAGAGCUCAUUUAACCGACUGACCAGUGGCUCAGACGGAAUGAUCCUCAAUGCUGCCACACUCCGAAACCUGGAAGUCCUGCAAAACCAGACAGAUGGAGGUGUGAGGGGCAGCCUGUUGUGGGUGAUGGAUCACACUCGCACACUAUUUGGAAGACGACUGCUGAGGAAGUGGGUCAGCAAGCCUCUCACAGACCAACAGUCCAUCUCUGAGCGGCAGGACGCUGUGCAGGAGAUCUUGGAGUCGGACUCCCUUACAAUCAGCUCCCUGCAACCUCUGCUAUCACAUCUGCCAGACCUGGAGAGAGGAGUCUGCAGCAUCUACCACAAGAAGUCUUCCACUCAGGACUUCUACCUGAUCAUCAGCACACUUUCCCGCCUGGGCUUGGAACUGAAGUCGCUGCUUCCGGCAGUUCAGACCCAGAUCCGUUCAGUGCUUCUUCAACAGCUGUUGUUGGAGACUCCUGACCUGCUGGCUCCAGCCCACAGCUUCCUCAGCGUCCUGGAUGAAAAGGCAGCCAAGUCUGGCAACAAGACGGAGCUGUUCUCUGAUCUGUCUGACUUCCCGGUGCUGAAGCAGAGGAGGGGUCAGAUCCAGGGGGUCCUCUCUGAGAUCCAGGACCACCGCAAAGACGUUAGACUGAUCCUGAGGGCUCCUGCUCUGGAUUACACUACCGUCUCUGGACAGGAGUUUCUGAUCGAAGUGAAGAACUCAGUGUCGUCGAUUGUUCCUUCAGACUGGGUCAAAGUCAGUAGCACCAAGACGGUGGGCAGGUACCAGUCUCCCUUCCUCCUGGAUCGCUACAAAAAGCUUCAGCAGCUUCGAGAGCAGCUGCAGCUGGACUGUCAGCAGGAGUGGACCGAUUUUCUAGAACAGUUCGGGGAGCACUACCACAGCAUGAAGAGAGCUAUUAGUCACCUAGCAACCAUGGACUGCCUCUUCUCAUUGGCUGAGGUGGCGAAGCAAGGGGACUAUUGCAGGCCUGAGGUGUGUGAUGGCCGCCGCCAGAUCCUCAUCAAGGACGGACGACAUCCAGCCAUCGACUUAUUGAUGGGCCAGAAUAACCAGUAUGUUCCCAACAACACGGAUCUGCAGGGUGAUGGCAGGAGAGCAAUGAUCAUCACUGGCCCCAACAUGGGAGGGAAGAGCUCCUACAUUCGUCAGGUGGCGCUGAUGUGCAUCAUGGCUCAGAUGGGCUCAUAUGUCCCGUGUCAUGAAGCCCGGCUGGGAAUUCUGGAUGGCAUCUACACCAGAAUGGGCGCUUCUGACAACAUCUACAAAGGACGCAGCACAUUCAUGGAAGAGCUGACCGAGGCCUCCGAAAUCAUUUUCCGUGCUACGGAACGCUCCCUGGUCAUCCUGGACGAACUGGGCCGUGGCACCAGCACUCAUGAUGGGAUUGCCAUCGCCUUUGCUACACUGGAGCACUUCAUUAGAAACGUGAAGUCGCUCACCUUGUUUGUGACCCACUACCCUCCACUGUGUGAGCUGCAGCAAGUCUUUCCUGGUCAUGUGACCAACUACCACAUGGCUUUCCUUCUCAACGAGCCCAGCUGCGAUGCAGAGGGUGUACAACCGGAGUUCAUCACAUUCCUCUACCAGCUGACUGAAGGAGCGGCGGCUCGCAGUUACGGCCUGAACGUGGCUCGACUGGCCGACAUCCCAGAGUCAGUCCUUCGCACAGCUGCGCUCAAGUCCCACGAGCUGGAGAGCGCGGUGAACUCCAGGAGGGACAGGAAGAAAAUGCUCUCUGAAAUUUGGAAGGUGUCCGACAGAUCGUCUCUGGUCAAGUGGCUGCAGAUGAACUCUUGACUGUGAAGCCUCACUGAUGAUGAUGUUUACCUUCUCAGGAACUGCUCAAAGUAAAUCAUGAUGUUAGAAUCUUUUUUUUCAUAUAUUUAUUUAUUAGUUUUUUUCACAAUUACAAAUGACAAACAAAGACAAAAAAAAUAAACCACCAAUACAUAUUUAAACCCCCCACCCUCAACACCAACUUACUCUCAGUGCACAAAAUCUACUUUCAGUGUACAAAAUGCAGUCACAUACAGUCAGGAUCACAGCAAAGAAAACAACGGUUUCUCUUGCAGAAAUUGCAUAAAAGGCGUCCAGAUAUCAUAGAAGUCAUGCACUUUCCUUUUUGAUAAAUAGGUCAGUUUUUCGAAAGCCAGCUUGCUGGACAUUUCCCUGAUCCAUUGACCAACUGUAGGAGCUGAAACAUUUUUCCAAUUCAAUGCAACAACAUGUUUGGCCUGUAGCAAACAGAAAACUAUCAACCUUUUCUUAUGUGCAUUAAUAGAAAGAUUUAUAGGAAACUUGUGUAGAAUAGCCAAUUGAGGGUCCAAAGGAAUCUUUAUUUUUGUUAUUUUUGAGAUCAAGUCCAUUAUGUGCUUCCAGAAUUUUAGUAUUUCUUCACACUCCCACAUACAGUGGAACAAGCUUCCCUUCUCCUUGUUACAUUUAACACAGACAUCUGGUAUAUUUGGAUUAAAAUGGUGCAACUUUGCCGGUGUAAUAUAAAUUCUAUGAAGCCAUUUGUAUUGCAGUAGUAAACGACCAGUUUUACACAGAUUCUGAACAGUGAGGUUUUCAAUUGAGGAAAGUGCAGGUUCCAAACAUGAGCCACUGGUGGUCACAACAUAAUUUCUCAACUGCAGAUAUUUGUAAAAAUGUUUUCUAGGAAUGUGAUAUUCAUCCACUAAUUGUUCAAAUGACAUCAAAAUACCCUCAUGGUAUAAAUUUCCAACCAUACUUAAACCAUUAAUUGCCCACCUUCUAAAUCCCAUAUCAGCUUUGCCUGGUUUGAAAUCAUCAUUACUGCAGAGCGUUGUAAAGCGUGAAAUCUGUAAUUCUUCAUUUAAGAAGACAUGUGACUGGUGCCAUACUAAAAUAGUAUUUCUAAGAAAAGGAUUCAAAGUGUUUUUAAUAAGCAUGCGAAAAUGUGCAGAAUAAAGAUAUGAUUUUAGAGGGAGCUUUACUGAAUGCUUUUCGAUAUUUACCCAAGUUGGGGCAUCAGAAUCCACGAAAUAAUUGGUAGCAGCAUUAAGUUGAGCUGCCCAGUAAUAAAGCUUCAAAUAGGGAAGACCAAGUCCACCUCGAUCAUAUGGUAAAUACAGAAGAUGUAGAUGGAUCCGUGGUCGUUUGGUGUUCCAAAUGAAAUUAUUGAAUUGCUUCCUUAGCAUAGAAAAUAAAUUAUCUGGAGGAGGGAGAGGAAUUGACUGGAAAAUGUACAAAAACUUUGGCAGAAUUGACAUUUUUAUAAUGUUUACACGACCAAUCAUUGAGAUAGGCAUGCUAUUCCAUCUUUCAAAUGAGUUCGAUAUUCCUUGUGUUACAGGAUCAUAAUUCAGGGAGACAAUGUCAUCUAUGUUUGGAGAAAUUUUAAUACCCAAAUAGGUAAAACCAUCAGGACUAAGACCUUCUCUCUUCGUCAUUUAAGAGUAGGAGAGAGCUCUUCUGUUUAUUUAUUUUGUAUCCUGAAAAUUCACCAAAUGCCUUUAAAAGGUUUGUUAGCGAUUGUAGUGAGUUGUUUGUUUGUUAAAAAUACAAUAACAUCAUCUGCAAAGAGAGACAAUUUGUGUUCAAUUUGACCUAUCUUUAUUCCAGCUAUUUCAGGCCUUUGACGUAUUGCUAUGGCUAGUGGCUCUAUUGCAGACAAAAGUGAUAAUGGACACCCCUGUCUUGUUGAUGUGGAGAGAGUGAAGGGGCCUGAUCUUUGAUAAUUAGUAGAUAUUAUUGCAGUUGGAUCUGUGUAUAGCAAUCUCAGCCAUUUGAGAUACUUGUCUCCAAAACCAAAUCUCAUGAGAACCUCAAAAAGAUAACGCCAUUCUAUCCUAUCAAACGCUUUUUCAGCAUCUAAGGACAGGACGGCGUGGUCAGCAGCAUUCUUUCUGGCGUGUAGUAUAUUUAACAGUCUACGUGUAUUAUGAUCUGCUUGUCUUCCCUGUACGAACCCAUUCUGAUCUGGCAUAAUUAUUUUGGGAAUGUGAGAUUCAAUUCUUCUGGCCAAUACUUUACACAGUAUCUUGGUGUCACAAGACAGAAGAGAAAUGGGCCGAUAGGAGGCGUUUUGCCUGGUUUUAACAACAUGGAGAUUAUAGCUGAUCUCAUUGAGGGUGGGAGAAUUCCCAUAUCAUAAGAUUCAUUAAACACUUCAAGAAGAUGCGGUAACAGUUUUACGGAAAAUGUCUUGUAAAAUUCUAUUGGCAGGCCAUCGGAUCCCGGCGUCUUGCCAGUACUCAUGUGGUUAAGUGCUGCUGUAAGUUCUUCCACUGUUAGUUUUGACUUAUUUUAACCUCAGUAUCUAGUUUCGGAAUAGCAAGAUUAUCUAAAAAGUGUGUUUGGUUUUCUGUAUUUACAGGAUACUCUGAUUUAUAGAUAUUCUCGUUGUAUGUUUUAAAUGCCUGAUGAAUCUCAACUGGAUCUACAAGAGUGUCCCCAUUAUUUUGUAUUAUUUUAUUAAUAGACCGAUCAGAUUGUGCCUUCUUUAUUCUGCAGGCCAAAGGUUUGCCAGCCCGUUCCCCCUGAUCAUAGUAUGAUUGCUUCAACCAUAAAAGGCUAGUUGCAAUUUUAUUUGUAGUAAACUCAUUGUAUUGUCCUUUCAAGAUAAGUAAUUGUUGUACUUUUUGAUUAUUAGUAUUGUGGUAGAGUUCCGUUUCUAGCUUUUUCAUUUGAUUUUCGAGAUCACUCAGCUGAUUAAAGUAUAUUUUCGAUUUAUGUUUUGAAAAGCUUAUAAUUUCACCCCUAAUAUAAGCCUUAAAUGCUUCCCAUCUCACUGAAGCACUUGUUUGAUUUGGAUUUGUAGAAAAACAUUCACUUAUUUUGUCUUCUAAAAAACAUAUGAAGUCUGGAUGGUGAAGCCAGUUAGUCUGGAAUCGAAAGUGGGGUGUAGGUGAAGGUAUUGGAAGUAAAUUAAUUGUAAGUGAUAUCGGGGCGUGAUCUGAAAGUAAUAUACUGUCAUACCAGCACUUUUUAACUUGGGACACCAAAUUACAAGAUAUUAAGAAAUAAUCUAUCCUGGAAUAUGUAUUAUAAGUUGACAGGCAUGAGAAGUCUGUUUCUUUGGGAUGUAUAUAUCUCCAGGCCUCCAAUAGAUUUAAAUCACUCAUAUAUUUUUAAAAUAUUUUUUCUUGUCUUGUUUUUUGAUGUGUCUUAUCAUUGCCUGUUGAACGAUCCAUCACUGGGUCUAACACACAGUUAAAGUCACCUCCUAUAAUAAUAUAUCCAUUACAAGAUGAUAAUGUGAGGAAUAGAUUUUGGUAAAAAGAAGGCUCAUCUGCAUUUGGUGCAUACACAGAUACAAAGUUUAUUGGAAUAUGAGUUAUUUUGUCCGCUAAUUAUAAUGAAUCUGCCCGAUGGAUCAGCAUGUCUGUUGCUAACUUCAAAUGGAAUUGAUCUGUGAAAUAGUGCCAUCACACCCCUUGAAUGAGACUUGAAAUUAGCUGAAAAUAAUUGCCCAGGCCACCUAUUUUCAAUUCUACUCAUGUUGCUCCUCACCAAAUGGGUCUCUUGAAGAAACACGACAUUGGAUUUCAUUUGUUGGAUGCGUCCCAAUACUUGUUUUAGCUUUACCAUAUUGUUCAG